GUCUAGGUGUCCCCAUCGCCUGCCCGCCCGCCUCCCUCCACGCUACGCCACGCCACGCCGGCCAGCCCACCCCGCCCCACGCGCGACUCUCGAGAGUUGAUCAAACUCAUCAUCCGUCAUUCCUACCUCUCCGUAGUCCCUUGACCACAGUGUCUACCGGGGCCCGUCUCCACCACAUCCACAGCGGCCGCCCAGCAUGGGCAAAAGUCAGAGUAAGCUCUCUCAGCAGGAGCUCGUAGAUCUGCAAAAGGCCACACAUUUCGACAAGAAAGAACUACAACAAUGGUACAAGGGCUUCCUCAAGGACUGUCCUUCUGGCAUGCUUACCAAGUCCGAAUUCCAAAAGAUCUAUAAGCAGUUCUUUCCGUUCGGGGAUCCUUCAUCUUUCGCAGAUUAUGUCUUUAAUGUUUUCGAUGCCGACAAGUCGGGAAGUAUUGACUUUAAGGAGUUCAUUUGCGCGCUUUCUGUUACGAGCCGAGGGAAGAUGGAGGACAAGUUGGACUGGGCGUUCCAGUUAUACGACAUUGACGGAGACGGAAAGAUCAGCUACGAAGAGAUGCUCGCGAUCGUAGAGGCGAUAUACAAAAUGGUCGGCAGUAUGGUGAAGCUACCCGAAGACGAGGAUACGCCCGAAAAGAGAGUGAAGAAGAUCUUCAGAAUGAUGGACAAGGACGAGAACGGCAGUCUCGAUAUGGCUGAAUUCAAGGAGGGCUCAAAACGAGACGAAACGAUCGUGUCGGCAUUGUCAUUGUAUGAUGGCUUGGUAUGAGGUGCGGAAGACUCCCGGAUUUAUGAGCUAUGAACUAGAACGGCAACGGAUCAGCAGUAGAGCACGGUCUUGAUGAUAGAAGAGGGUCGCAGGAUCCAUGUCUGCAGGUAGGGUCAGAAGAGCGACUAUGCAUAAGCCGAAUGACAGUAGCAAUACGUGCAAAAAAGAGUCGUGGCAGAGUGAAGGUCUGGUGCAGCAGGGCCCGAUGAGGGAGAGUUUGCGCUUGGUCGAAGAAGCAGGAUGGAUACUGCGAAUCUGAUGAGUUCUCUCGCCUCUGUCCUCCACGCCCUGUCUACCCAGGUAGCAAAACGCAAUUCCAUCGGUGAUCACCGUCGGCGCUUCUCAGCCAACUGCAAUUCGUGACAGCAGCGCAAAUCAUCAUCUCUUCAAUCGAUCAAUUCUCACGCACUUGCCCUGAUCCGCAUGUCUUCCCUCUUUUCCACGACGAGCACAGAUGGAUCCUGUCGGAGAUGGCAUCGCACCAAGGUUCAUGUACGUACGUACGCUGUGCGUAUCUGCUCAAAUCGACAAACUGCACGUUACGAAAACCCGGUCAGGCACAUGUACAUAUGUGCCCACGUAGCACUCCCCCAAACUUCAUCUCGAUACCUAAGGGACCGCAGAUAUCCUCAUGCGGCCGACGCAGCCCGCGUCAUGCAAGCAUAUGCUCAGGUAGGUAUUCACAUGGAAAUUUCCCUUUUUCUAAUGAAUGAACACGUACGUGACCGGCAGCGGACAGUCCGGGCUUCCCUCCUAGGUCCAUGUACCUGUAGGUACAUGUACCUAGGCUGCUUCACCCAAGUCCAGUCGUGCUUGCGGUCAGUAGUCCUACGCGUCGCAUGAGACUGGUGGAGGUAGCAGCUCAAUUUCGGGAGGUGGUGCAGAGUGAGUGCACUCUGAUGUAUUUCGGGAUUGACGCCAAAUGGGCACGGGAGGAUUUGGAUGGUUGGUGGUGCUAGUGAUGACAGUAUUCGAGCGAGGAAGGGCUUCUUCUCCAUAUGUACCUUAAGGUAACGCAUCAUGAAGAAGAGCCCGCCGAGCCCAUAACAGGCAUAAACUUGAUUUUCCCUCGCGAUUCGAUGCUGCAGAGUGAUAUGUCAAGGUCUUGCACAUUCCACGUUUUUCUUUUUUUCGUUUUUCUUUUUCCUUUUGUCUUUUUUGGGCUCCAGAGAGAUGGCAGAUCCAGAAUGAUCAGGGGCGCCGCGGAAAGGAUGCCAUUCUUCAACGCAGCAAGCCGCCAAGAUCCUUCUCCAUUCCGUUUACUCGUUCGGUCAGAGCGUGCUUCUUUCUUUCGAGCUCCUUGAUUUCCGCUUCCUCCCUCGCCAGGUCCUCUUUCGAGAUUCGUGCACUAGCGGUAGCGUCGUCGGCGUCCUCUUCAUAGGGGAGCAGGUCCUCGUCAUCGGAGACUGGCGUCCCAUUCAUGCGUGCAAGGUCCUCGAUCUGCUGGUCGACUUUUGCCUCGUAAUGUUUAAUGUUGGCAGUCAAUUGCCGAUGUCGACUUCGUAGCAGUGCGAUCCGAUCAGUAGUUCCCGGGAUAUUAUAGACUGCCAAUAGUCGUUCGGCACCCUCGAGUAGAACUUCCACGUCCAGUUCGCCUUUGAUGCGAGCAGAAGUUGAUUCUUGACGGGUUCGAUUGUAAAGGUCGCCACCUAGCACAGCGGCGACUGCUCGGCUCUUGGGUUGCCGUUGUCCAUACACUGUAGCUCUCCGUUUGGGCGUCUUGACUGUUGACGUUGCAGAGACAUUGGAUUGCGUUCCAGGAUUGUCGCCAUUGCUAGAUGUGCCUGGGAGAGGAGGAGGUGCCAAAUGGAACAGCGCGCGCUCAUGCUGCUCGGUAUCGCGAAUGAGCGAGGUGAUGUCGUGCUGGGAGAGCAGAGCAUUGGUGAACAUUUUGGGUCCUGGAAAUGGGAGUUCUGCUAUGGAAGUGGCGCAUAGCGAGAUUUGCUCCAGGUGGGAGUUGAAGAGAGACCCCAUCGCCUUGAUAUAUUUUCCAGACGCCUUGUGCGCGUCCG